AUGAAGAAGAAGACUUUUCCCGCACCUAACGACUCGUCUGCCGAAAGAAAGCGACUCAAGGAGUCUGACGCGCACAUUAAGCACUGGAUGAGAUGGGGACCUUACCUCUCUGAGCGCCAAUGGGCGACGGUGCGUGAGGAUUACAGUGGAGAUGGAGACGCCUGGCGCUUUUUCCCACACGACCAUGCACGAUCCAGGGUCUACCGAUGGGGCGAGGACGGUCUUGCCGGUCUGUCGGAUAACCACCAACGGCUCUGUGUCUCGCUUGCCCUUUGGAACGGGAAGGAUAAUAUCCUCAAGGAGCGUCUCUAUGGCUUGACUAACCAUGAAGGCAACCAUGGUGAGGAUGUCAAGGAGUUGUAUUACUACCUGGAUAACACCCCGACCCACUCCUACAUGAAGUAUCUGUACAAAUACCCACAGGCAGCGUUCCCUUACGACCAACUCGUCAGAGAGAGCGCUGGUCGCAGCCGCGUCCAGCCCGAGUACGAGUUAAUCGACACCGGGAUCUUCAGUGAAGACAAGUACUUUGACGUCUUUGUCGAGUACGCCAAAGACGGCUUGGAUCAGGACGAUAUCCUGAUCAAGAUUACGGCCCAUAACCGAGGUCCCCAAGAAGCGCCCGUUCAUAUCAUCCCCCAGUUCUGGUUCCGGAACACCUGGGUUUGGUUUCCUGAGGGCGAGGUCAAGGUUCCAUCGCUCCAGAAGAAGGGCGAUCUCGUAAUUGAGGCUGACCAUGAUUCUUUGGGGAAGCGAUGGGUUCAUUUUGAGGCUGUUGCUGGAGCAGGACCGGACCUGAUUUUCACCAACAAUGAGACGAAUGAACAGAAAGUGUUCAACAAUGUCAACAAGUGCCCUUAUGCCAAGGAUGCGUUCCAUGAGUAUGUCGUUAAUGGCAACCAGGCGGCAGUCAACCAGAAGGAUCAUCGAGGUACCAAGGCCGCCGGUGUCUACAAGUUCGAGAAAGUCCCUGCUGGUGGCAAGGUCGAGGUUCGAGUCCGAAUGAACAAGAAACCACCAGGACCAGCUGGAAAGGGUCAAGCAGCCCCCGGUGUGGUCGCGGCAGAGUUUGAGCGUGUCAUCCAGGAGCGUAUCAAGGAGAGCGACGACUUCUACAACCAGUUGGCGCACAAGGAUCUUGCUCCCGAUCUGAAGCUGAUCCAGCGUCAAGCCCUGGCAGGUAUGUUGUGGUCCAAGCAGUUUUACCAUUUCGACCAACGCUCCUGGCGUAAGGGUGAUCCCAUCGGUCCGCCUCCCCCACCCGAGAGAACAAACUUGAGGAACAAGGAGUGGAAACACAUGUAUGUAGACGAUAUCCUGUCGAUGCCGGACAAGUGGGAGUACCCCUUCUUUGCCGCCUGGGACAUGGCCUUCCACACCAUCCCAUUGUCUUUGGUCGACCCUACUUUUGCAAAGAGACAGCUUGAUCUGUUGACCCGAGAGUGGUACAUGCACCCCUCGGGCCAGAUCCCUGCCUACGAGUGGAACUUUUCUGACGUCAACCCUCCGGUGCAUGCUUGGGCUACAUUGCAGGUGUACAAGAACGAAGAACGUCUUUACGGAAAGACCGACGACCUCUUCCUUGAGCGCGUUUUCCAAAAACUCCUCUUGAACUUUACUUGGUGGGUCAACCGAAAGGACACUGAAGGAAACAACGUCUUUGAGGGAGGUUUCUUGGGUUUGGACAACAUUGGUCUCUUCAACCGAUCAGAGCCCUUGCCCAACGGGGCUACCCUGCGCCAGGCUGACGGUACCUCCUGGAUGGCUUUCUUCUCCCUCUGCAUGCUGCACAUUGCUCUGGAGUUGGCCAAGAAGAACAAGGCCUACGAAGAUAUCGCGUCAAAGUUCUUGGAACACUUUUUCCACAUCUCGGACGCGAUGACGUACCAUUCUGGCAGCGAGGAAAAGUCGCUCUGGGACUCUGAGGACAAGUUUUUCUAUGACUCGAUUUCCUGGCCUGGCGGACACACCCAGCGCCUCAAGACCCGCAGCUUGGUGGGAUUGAUCCCACUAUUCUCGACGUUGGCCUUGGAUCCCGAAUAUGUCGACCUCUUCCCAGGGUUCAAAAAGCGUCUCGACUGGCUCCUAGCCUACCGCGAAAGAACCCGCCCCGCCCGGGUCUUCAAAAAGGAAGACACAAACGAAAACGGAUCUAUCUUCCUCGCCCUCGUCGACCAGACCAUGCUCCGCGAAGUCCUCAAACGCCUCCUGGACGAAAACGAGUUCCUCUCCCCCUUUGGAAUCCGAUCGCUUUCGAAAUACCACAAGGAUCACCCAAUGUCCAUGUGGAUGAAUGAACAGGAGUUUAGGGUGGAUUACUUGCCUGCAGAAUCGGAUUCGGGCAUGUUUGGAGGAAACUCGAAUUGGAGAGGUCCCAUUUGGUUGCCGACGACGUACCUCCUUGUUAGCUGUUUGAAGCGAUUCCAUUAUUUCUAUGGACCGGAUUUCAAGGUUGAGUGUCCAACUGGUUCAGGGAUCAUGAAGAAUUUGGAGGAAGUCGCAUGGGAGAUUGAGAUCCGCUUGGUUAAAUUGGUCGGACGGAAUAAGCAGGGUCAGCGGGCUGCGAAUGGUGGGGUUGACAAGACAGACAAGGAUCCGUACUUCAAGGAUUUGGUCCUGUUCUAUGAGUACUUUGAUGCAGAGUCCGGCAAGGGGUUGGGGGCUUCGCAUCAGACUGGAUGGACAGGUUUGCUUGCUGUCUUGGUCCAUCAAGUUGGCACCAAGUGCGGACAGUCUUAA